AUGGAGACCAGAAGUGGGCGCGCUACCGAUGAGUUGCUGAUGCUUGUGCUGUGGGUGGGGGAAACGGGUUGCUUCAGUAGCUUGUCCCGUCGUUCCCGUCGCGAUGCCGGGCAGUGGGGAGAUGGGGAGAGGCAAGGCAACGAAGGCAAUGAAUCCGGAUACCUGCGAAUGCGUGGACUGUUUCUUUGUACCGUAGCCGCGUCGGACCGUUGGAUGUUGGUGGCACUUUCACAGGCACCGCAGCGCAUUCCUCAGCUCCAGCUGAGACUCAAAGAGCACUCCAGCUGCAGUCGCGGUUUCCAGGCUGCUGGCGUUCAAUGCGUGGUCGGCUCGCGGAGAGUUCCAUCACUUCAGUUCACAGUUCCUCGCGGUUGGCGGCCUUGCGGAAGGAUCACAGUGGGAAAAUGA